CUGGGAAGCUGUUACCAUGGCAAAGAACACAUCUUCCAAAUAUGAAAACAUCAGCUGCAAAGUUCUGAUCCAUUCAGGAUCUCCCACUCUCUACCAGCUGAAACCAAAGGAAGAGAACAUUGGAUCUCUGAAACGAAUGACUCUUGGUGAAAAAAAUCUCAACAAGAUAAACAAAACCAUCUUACUUGUUGGUGAAACAGGAACAGGAAAAUCUACUCUGAUCAACGCUCUGGUCAACUACGCCAUGGGAGUGGAGUGGCAUGAUGAUGUCUGGUUUAAGAUAGUAGAAGAAGAGAAGAGAAGUCAAUCAGAAAGUCAGACAUCAGAUGUGAUCGUGUACCAGAUCUUUGGUUUUGAAGAUAAACCUCUGCCCUACUCUCUGACCAUCAUCGAUACUCCUGGAUAUGGAGACACCAGAGGGACAAAAAAAGAUGACAUCAUCAGUCAAAGGUUACUUGACUUGUUCCGCUCUGAGGAUGGAGUUGAUGAGAUUAAUGCAGUGGGUCUGGUGAUGAAAGGGACUGACAAUCGACUAACUGACAGACUGAGGUACAUCUUAGAUUCAGUGGUGUCUCUGUUUGGAAAAGACAUAGAGAAGAACAUCUUCACUCUCAUCACACACUCAGAUGGACGAACACCUAAAAAUGCUUUGGAAGCUCUCGAGGCUGCAAAUAUUAAAUGUGCCAGAAAUGAGAAGAAUCAGCCGGUUCACUUCUUGUUUAAUAACUGCCAACAUGAAGACAGGACCGAGGAGACAGAAGUCCUUAAACGUGCAGAUGAAAUAACAACAGAAGCACUGAAUCAGUUCACAAACUUCCUUGGAAAAACUGCACCUCAAAAGAUUCAGAAAACCGUGAAUGUCCUGAACGAGAGAAUCAGACUGACAGCCUGCAUCCAAAACCUGCAAGAGAGAAUUAAGUCGAUAGAUCUAAAGAAAACAGAGAUCCAACAGACUCAGGAUGGUCUGAAGAAAUAUGAAGAAGAGAUGAAGAACAAUGAGAAGUUCACUGUGGAAGUUGAUGAGGUCUACAAAGUUAAAGAACCUAUUGAUGGUGGGAUGUGGUGCUUGGUGUUCUAUGAAGGAGCUGUCCGCUGUAAAGUCUGUAAGGAGAACUGUCACUAUCCUGGAUGCACAAUGGCCCGGAAACCAGGACACUGUGAGGUCAUGAAAGAUGGCCGCUGCACUUCAUGUACCGGGAAGUGUCCUGCAUCAGAUCAUGUGAAAGAUAACUAUAAGUAUGUGGAAAAGACAAGAAAAGCUAAAAAAACACUAGAAGAUGUGAAACAGAAGUAUGAAACGAGUAAGGCAGAGGGUGAGAAGAAAGAGAGCCAUUUGGAAACUCUUCAGAAAGAGAAGGAAACCCUGGAAGCAAAUAAAACAGCUUUGUUGUAUGAAGCCUACCAGCAUGUUGUCCAACUGGAGGAGAUUGCGCUAAAUUUCCUUUCACUGUCUACUUAUGUCCACCUGGACUUCCUGAUUGAGGAGAUGGAGAAGAGAAACGACACAGAGAAGGUCAACCAUCUGAAACUAAUGAAAAGUCCAAAAUCGAAAGUGGAAACAAUGAAGGAUUUCUUUGAAGGAAUGCAGUACAAUAAACUUCCUCAAAUGUUCAAAAGGAAAUGAAAGAAAAAGAUUCCUAGAGGGUUACCGAGGUCCAGACUGAUGAAGACAAGUCUCAGUGUCCUGGAGGUCCACCUGCUCAUCACUGGAGCAAGGUGAACAUUUAAACCACAGGAGAAAGAUCUGAAGUCCAUCUGUAUCUUUGGUUAGUAACUGGAACUCAACCCAACAUCUAGGAGAUCUACUACUGCUUAGUCCUCGCCUAUUCUUCACAUAUGUAAGGGGUUUGUGCAGAUAUUUAUCAUUACAGCAUGGACAGUUCAUAUUAAUGAAGACAGUGUGUGUGUCUUCUCAGAUUAUAUCUGCUACAAUAUUAUGUACAUAAAAAUGUAUGAAUAUCUGAACAUUAUCAGUUAUAAAAUCACCAACCCUGAGUACCGAAAGACACUUUUGGAGCAAAUAUUGCAAAUUGAAAAAAAAUAACCCACCUUAACUCUGUCCAAUGAAGGAUUAUGGUUUCAUGUGGUUAUUUGGAAUGUUGAUUAUUGUUUAAAAACUGUACAUAACCAAUUUACUUUAUCACAGUCUCAUGUGUGGGUUCCCAUCAGAAUAUGGAUUUUCAUGAUUCUGGUGUUAAAGGUUUUGUUGAAAGAGUCAGAGAGACUUGUUGAAUGCAGUUCCUUUUAUAGCGUAGUAAAAUAUUUAGGGCAGGAAUUUACUG